UGGAGAACGGAACUUUUCGCUUUAUUUACGUGGUCGCGCAUCAGACCCUGCCUUUAGUUCAGUAGACGUUGUUGUUUCCACUGGUCUAAGUUGGCGGUUGGUUGCUAUGGCUGCGAGUUCAUGCGAGGCUGCUCGAGAGGGAAGUGACGAGCGGGGCUGUUGUUGGGACACGUGACUUGAGCUGCACUGAUCUGUUUUGACAAGCAGCAGGGGGGGAAGUGAGGAGGGGAGACAGCAGACUGUAAGCAUCGCGUUCGGGAGCACCUCGUCUCCGUCUCUCUGUCCACAUUUCGCGUAGUAUCGACCCAGUCCUAUAGUUCGUGACUGUCUGCGCUGCAACAGCGACCCACACUCGCUUCGGUAAAACGUCGUAGUCGUUGGCGACGCGUUGGCACCCAGAGUCAGACUGACUGUUGUGAAAAGUUUUUAUGAGGCUCACAAAGGAAGUCAGUUCAGGUGGCGCAUGCAGCGUCAACUAGAUGGAGACUUUUCGAGCGCCGUGGUCGGUUAGAAAGUGGAGCAUGUCCGCAUGAUAGCGUUGCUUCGACAUUUCGCGAGAAGAAUGACAGAAAAUGCAGUGGUCGUAGCAGAAAAUACCGAGACCGUCCGUCGGCGGCGUCGGUGUUUAUAGCUGCUGCUGCUGCUAUACCUGCGCAAGGCUGGGGGUUGGGGACGUUUGCGAGGUCGUCGUCACCCUCAGACGUUUAACCAGUAACGACACGGUUAGUUGGCUGAGUUUGCUACGUAGCUAGUAGCGCUGCUGAGUUAGCACUGUUGUGUUGUCGCGAGGAGCCAGGACACAGAAAAUGCAUCGCAACGUAACUAUGGCUCAGGUCGCGUGACGUGAGACAGCUUACUAGUUAAAUUACGACUUGUCAGGUUCGCUAGUCGCUAGUUAGCGGACUGACAACUCGUCAGUACCUGACUCCAAUUGUUACUGGCACUCGCUACCAGCUGUUUGUUCGUCAGUUGGACAACACAGUGCGACUCGAUGGAAGCGUACAGUAGCAUGCCAACAAAGCAAUGCUUUGUUGUUAGUUAGGGGGCCGCUGGUACCGAUACACAGGCUCCACAGCUGAUAUAGGCUCCACUGCUUAGCUUAGACACAGCAGGUCUCGGUCUCUGAAGAAAUUCAGACAUUGUUGUGUUGCUGUAAAAGCUGAGCGUGGUAGAGUCAAGUGAGAAGAGCCUGUAAGAAACCCCCGAGGACACCCCGAUGACACUGGAAAACAUGAAGACCGACCGAGAUGCAACCGAGGAGUUUUUCGAGUAUGAUGCGGAGGAGUUCCUGGUGUUCCUGACCUUGCUCAUCACAGAGGGAAGGACGCCAGAGUAUUCUGUGAAGGGGAGAACCGAGGGGCUGCACUGUCCGCCAGCCCAGUCGGCCAUGCCGCCUCUUCACAAGCAUGAAUGCAGCGACAAACUGCCCCAGUGUCGGCAGGCAAGGCGAACCCGAUCAGAGGUGAUCCUGCUUUGGCGGAAUAGCAUCCCCAUCAUGAUCGAGGUCAUGCUCCUGCCUGACUGUUGCUAUGGUGACGAGUGCCCCCCGAGUGACCCCAUCAGUGACCCAGUCAUAAAACAGGAUGCCCUGCUGCUGGAGAGAUGGACCCUGCAAGCAGUUCCAAGACAGAGCGGCGAUCGUUUCAUUGAGGAGAAGACCCUGCUGCUAGCUGUUCGCUCGUAUGUGUUCUUCUCUCAGCUCAGCGCCUGGCUCAGUGCCUCCCAUGGCAUUGUCCCCAGAAACAUCCUGUACAGGAUCAGUGCUGCUGAUGAGGAGCUGGAGUGGCAGUUUUCCCAGCCACCUACAGAGCAUAUAUUCCCCAUCCCUAAUGUAUCUCAGAGUGUUGCACUGCAGGUUCACGUCCAGUCCCUCCCCCGACAACCCACCUACCCCACCCUAGCGUGCAGCAUUCAUACCGGCCUGCCUCCUCUUUACAGCAAGACCCCGAGCCUUAACCCAAAUCACAACAGCCAUGGUGGCCUGCCCACCCUCAAAAAGAGCCUGGACCCGAGCAAAGACAACCUCCAUCACAACCCUAACAUGUACAGCAAGAGCACCAACUCCAUGUCUGGCCGCCUUCUCAAUGGAUUCCCCAUUCCCAAUCUCCCCAUCAACAACAUCCCCAUUAAAAGCCUUCCUCACACUGCUGUGCCACCUCCCUACAGCAAGAAGAGCCAGGAGCCGGCUGAGAGUCACGUAUAUCAGAACGGAGAUCUUCCACAGGUCAACAUUCCCCAACGUCAGGGCUCACCACUGUUCCACAGAUCCACCCACUCGCCUACGCCGCCUCGCUCCCACUCCCCGUCUGCACUUCCCACAAGUAAAGCAGGAAAGUGGCUGUACUCGGCCCUCAAUGGUUCCCCUGACUCCACACAAGUGGACGACUAUGGGUCUGGCACCAACAGCAGUGAGAGGUCAAAGGGGCCCAUCACUGAGCCCCUGAGGGCUUUUAAGAAUCUUUCCUUGGCUGAGCCACCCCGCUGCCCCUCCCCAAGACCCACUGCAACUGAAACAAACCCCCUGAUUGGCUCCCUGCUGCAGGAGAGACAGGAAGUUAUUGCCCGCAUCGCACAGAGGCUCAACUUCUGCGACCCCACAGCACCACCACUCCCUCCUGGCCUUUUUGCAUCCGACAACCCUCCAAAAGCCAUGUGGGGUAGUAACCAUGAAGACGUAACUGCCAGUAAGACCAAAGAGCCUGAGGUACCACUCUAUGAAUCUGUGGGGUGUGCGUGGUCCAGCCCCUUCAACACACCCGUGACUGACACUUCUUUCAGCAAACGAGAGAGCGUCUCUCCCAAACCUGCGGCCUGCAGGAAGCUGAAAAUGACCGAGACGAGAGACAGAGAGGAGGAGAGGAAUGGAGAGACGGAAAGGGACAGAGAGAAGGAAAGGGACAGAGACAGCUCCCUCAUCGCGCAGGCAGUACAAGACAUCACCAGACUCAUCCAGGAGAGGCUGUCUGUCCCCUCGCUGUCCCCCAGGCACAGCAGAAGCAGCAGCCCUCUGCACCACACACACACAACAACAGUCACACACACGGUUCGCACAUACUCACACGCCCCACACAUCCCACAGGCAUCACACACUGCCACCAACGGCUACACCAACGGGCACAUACCCAGCCAUGAACCUCACAGGGGCAGCACGCGCACCGCUGCCACACAUGCACCCGUUUGCACAAACGAGACCCACGUUGAUCAGGGGACCGAACGCCAUUCUCCCCAGGCCCAAAAUGGUGCUCACUUUACACUUGAAGAACCCUCGUUCAAACGUCAGUCCCGCACCCAAGCUGGUCGGUGUUUACGAACUCCCCCAAGCCAUGAAACCCCCCCUGCCUCCCCCAGCUUUGAGAACAGCCCGAGGAGUGGCCAGUUUUUCAGUUGGACUAAUAACGAUGCCAGCCCAGCCACGAACUGUAACAUCAACCACAACCACAACCACAGCAAGCCUCAGCCUCAGUCCCACAUGAAGAUGCAGAACUGUGUGAAAGCCCAGGCCUCUGCCCUCCACGAUGAGAACCAGGCACCCCCAGAGUCUGGAUGCUCCAGCUCUUCCAGUCCUGAUACAACUCCCCAUCCUACUGUACUGCGCGCUCACAGCCCCUCCCCUCUGCGUCCCUGCAACAGCUGGAAGAAACAAAAUCGCCACUCCUUAGACGCCACCGCAACCAAGGCCUUCCACCCCUGCACUGGGCUGCCACUACUAUCAAGCCCUGUUCCUCAGAGGAGAACUCAAACUGGUUACCUGGACACCUCUCUGACUGGCUGUAAGGGUCUGCCUUGGGCCUCUGGAAAAAGGGUGUGUCCAAAGACAGAGGGGUACACGGACGAGUCGCAGCAGCUGUUCAGUGCCAGUGCUCCACUUGCCAGUCUCAGUCUGCUGGGAAACUUUGAGGAGUGUGUGCUGAACUACCGCCUGGAGCCUUUAGGGUUAGUGGAGGGUUUCACUGCGGAGGUCGGAGCCAGUGGGUCCUUCUGCCCCAGUCACCUGACCUUACCUGUCGAUGUGUCAUUCUACAGCGUCUCUGAUGACAACGCUCCCUCACCAUAUAUGGGUGUGAUCAACCUGGAGUCCUUGGGAAAACGGGGCUACCGAGUACCUCCAUCAGGAACCAUUCAAGUGACCUUAUUCAACCCUAACAAGACCGUGGUAAAGAUGUUUGUUGUGAUGUACGACCUGCGAGCCAUGCCAGCUGGACACCAGACCUUCCUACGCCAGAGGACCUUCUCUGUUCCCGUCCGCCGUGACAGUAACACUCAGAGCAGCAGGAGGUCCGCCGCCCUGGGCCAGGGACGCACCUUGCGCUACCUCGUUCAUCUGAGGUUCCAGAGCUCUAAGUCUGGGAAGAUCUACCUCCAUAGGGACAUCCGCCUGCUCUUUUCCAGGAAGUCCAUGGAGGUGGACAGCGGUGCUGCCUACGAGCUCCAGUCCUUCACUGAGUUGCCCAUUGACCCACCAUUCUCUCCCCGCUGCUGAGCCCUGACCCCUUCCUUCCCCUCUUCCACUGGACAGGGCACUACUGAAGCUUAAAUCACACUUCAAUGCCAGCGAUACUCUUACUGUGUGUGUGUGGUUUGUGUCUGAAAUGAGGAUUUAGGACAGCAGCCAACAGCACUCGCCUCCCCGCUGGCCCAAAUCUGAAAUUUCACCUCCUCCUGUCACUCACAACUGACAAGGGGAGGUUGUAAACCGGGAAGGCACACCAGAAACAAAACCUUGCAUGAUUUUUGGAUCACAGAAGUCGAGUCAGAGGUUGUAAGUUAUAGAGUAUGCUUCAGAAAAGUGUUCCCCUGAUUUAGAAGGCCUUAUCAGAAGCGAUAGAGAAUUCGUUUGUCCUGCUGUUGUGUUCAUUCCCUCCAUCGACCUGGCAGGAAAACCAGUGAUCGUCGAUAAAAGCAGUUCAACUUAAAUGAUCUCAGUUCAGUUCAGGCUACCGUUCUCCUGUUUACUCAAAUCAAGAUGUCGGUUUGAGUUUUACUUGACUAAAUGAAUUAAGUGUUAAAUCUGAUUUAUUUUUCCUUUCAUAAAUGCAAUACGAGGCCCUUUCAAAAGCAAAGGAGUGACCUGAAGGUGAACUUGACGUGGAUCUUGUGAUUUUGUGCUUGUAGCGGAGGACGUGCAUGUGGAAGAGGGCGAACGGGAGAGACUGCGCUGCAACACCACCCUCGUCUAAAAUAACAAACACACAUACCAUGGACCAUUUAAGAAGUCGAACAUGCAAUCAAGCUCGAUUCAUAUGAACGCAUCGAAGCGGAGCGUCAGAAGUGCACUGUGGAUUUUUUUCUCAUAACUGGAAAUGAAAGAAAAUAGUAAUAUUCUAAUACUUUUGUACUGUUACAGAACCACUUUAUCGGAAGUGUUGCAAUAGAAAAAAAGUAACCUUAGUUUAGUGUUUACACAUUCACCUUCAGUUUACUUAUCAUCAGUUUUAUUUAAUAUUUAAAUUAAUAUUUCAGUUACUACUUGUGGCGUCUGUCAUGCUCAGAUGUAGUGCAAACUGUAUAUCAUAGUAUGUAUUUUUGACAUUAAUAUUCAAACAUGGAAAAAAAUAUAUCUAUAUAUCUUCUAAAGCAAA